AUGUAUGCAAGCACGACCACACAGCCCCAGAUUGCUUAUGCAGUGUCACAGCUGUCCAAGGUGGUGUCUUGUCCCAAGGCAUUUCACUUGCAGGCUGCUAAGAGAGUGCUAAGCCCAUUUCUCACUAUUUCCAUCACCCCGCCCCGUUCUCCCGCUUUCCAUCACCCCGCCGCGAUCUCCCGCUUUCCAUCACCCCGCCCCAUUCUCCCUCUUUACAUCACCUCGCCCCAUUCUCCCUCUUUCCAUCACCCAGCCCCAUUCUCCCGCUUUCCAUCACGCCGCCCCAUUCUCCCUCUUUCCAUCACCCCGCCCCAUUCUCCCGCUUUCCAUCACCCCGCCCCAUUCUCCCUCUUUCCAUCACCCCGCCCCAUUCUCCCGCUUUCCAUCACCCCGCCCCAUUCUCCCUCUUUCCAUCACCCCGCCCCAUUCUCCCGCUUUCCAUCACCCCGCCCCAUUCUCCCUCUUUCCAUCACCCCGCCCCAUUCUCCCGCUUUCCAUCAUCCUGCCCCAUUCUCCCGCUUUCCAUCACCCCGCCUCAUUGUCCCUCUUUCCAUCGCCCCGCCCCAUUCUCCCGCUUUCCAUCACCCCGCCCCAUUCUCCCUCUUUCCAUCACCCCGCCCCGUUCUCCUGCUUUCCAUCACCCCCCCCCAUUCUCUCGUUUUCCAUCACCCCGCCCCAUUCUCUCGCUUUCCAUCACCCCGCCCCAUUCUCCCACUUUCCAUCACCCAGCCCCAUUCGCCAUUCGGGCGCAAGCGAAUCGGGCGCAAGCGAGUCGGGCGCAAGCGAAUCGGAUGCAAGCGAAUCGGGCGCAUGGGAAUCAGGCGCAAGGGAAUCGGGCGCAAGGGAAUCGGGCGAUCGGGCGCAAGCGAAUCGGGCGCAAGCGAGUCGGGCCCAAGCGGGUCGGGCGCAAGUGAAUCGGGCGCAAGGGAGUCGGGCGCAACGGAGUCGGGCGCAAGCGAAUCGGGCGCAAGCGAAUCGGGCGCAAGGGAAUCGGGCGCAAGCGAAUCGGGCGCAAGAGAAUCGGGCGCAAGGGAGUCGGGCGCAAGGGAGUCGGGCGCAAGGGAAUCGGGCGCAAGCGAGUCGGGCGCAAGGGAAUCGGGCGCAAGCGAAUCAGGCGCAAGCGAAUCGGGUGCAAGGGAGUCGGGCGCAAGGGAAUCGGGCGCAAGCGAAUCGGGCGCAAGGGAAUCGGGCGGAAGGGAUUCGCGCGCAAGGGAAUCGGGCGCAAGGGAAUCGGGCGCAAGCGAGUCGGGCGCAAGCGAGUCGGGCGCAAGCGAGUCGGGCCCAAGCGGGUCGGGCGCAAGUGAAUCGGGCGCAAGGGAGUCGGGCGCAACGGAGUCGGGCGCAAGCAAAUCGGGCGCAAGCGAAUCGGGCGCAAGCGAAUCGGGCGCAAGGGAAUCGGGCGCAAGCGAAUCGGGCGCAAGAGAAUCGGGCGCAAGGGAGUCGGGCGCAAGGGAGUCGGGCGCAAGGGAAUCGGGCGCAAGCGAGUCGGGCGCAAGGGAAUUGGGCGCAAGCGAAUCGGGCGCAAGCGAAUCGGGUGCAAGGGAGUCGGGCGCAAGGGAAUCGGGCUCAAGCGAAUCGGGCGCAAGGGAAUCGGGCGGAAGGGAUUCGGGCGCAAGGGAAUCGGGCGCAAGGGAAUCGGGCGCAAGCGAGUCGGGCGCAAGCGAGUCGGGCGCAAGCGAGUCGGACGCAAGCGAAUUGGGCGUAAGCGAAUCGGGCGCAAGCGAAUCGGGCGCAAGCGAGUCGGAGGCAAGGGAAUCGGGCGCAAGGGAAUCGGGCGCAAGGAAAUCGGGCGCAAGGGAAUCGGGCGCAAGCGAAUCAAACGCAAGCGAAUCGGGCGCAAGCGAAUCGGGCGCAAGCGAAUCGGGCGCAAGGGAGUCGGGCAAGCGGGAGAAUGGGGCGUAG